AUGAGCCCUUCUGAGCUUCUUCAAUCGGGAACACAACGAUCCAUAAUCUACCAGAUUGCCUUGAAUGAGCUUCAAGAACUGGAAGCGGAGCCGUUGUGCCACCGUGUCGCUGCUCGCCUGCUUGUUCACAACUGUCAGCUCCUAGAUGGAAAGGACGAAGCCACGAUUCUUACCGAUAGUGGCCGCCAGGCACGAGACUUUGUUGACUCUUACGCUGCCAGCCUUGCCAUUUGUGACCUAGAGAGGGGAAGCUUCCAUAUCCCCUCGGAAUGUGAAUUGUUCCGCGAACCUGCUUUGAGCAAACUUCCCCUGAGCGAUACGGCGCAGCUCCAUGUUUCUCCUGCCCAGAUCAAAUCAUGUCUCACUGGACUAGGAGACUCGGCCUCUUCCUGGAACACCUGGGUGAGCUACAGCCACAAGGCUGUCCGCUUCUGCGAGGCGGCUCGCGCAGACCAUGAGAAGACCCAGAACAUUCUCAUCUUUCAGCGUCUGACGAGGGUCAUGGCUAAGCUCACUGCUGACGUCGAAGCCGAAAUUCAGAGACAGACUGAGGCCUUGGAUCUAGCAGCCCAGCAGGCAAGUGAGAAGAUCAGCCAAUUGACGCCGCAGAUCGAACAAAUAUGGCUGCUUCUGAGUCACAUAGGCGCCUACGUUGAAGGAGACCUGGGCCCUGUCCUGCAGCAAGCUGGCAUCUCUGUCCGCGAAGGCUUUCGGGCAGCCGGAGAUUUGCAGAGAGUGCUUGCCGUCAUGAUCAAAACUGUGCUCGAGAGCAGCUCUCACGCCGCUUUUGCCCACGAACAGUCGCUCGAGCGGGUGUCCCAACAGGUGAACAGCGAGAUGGCCGGGUUCGCAUCUGCAAUGAACGUGCUAUUGUCGGCAUCCGCAUCGCUACAGAACGAGCUUGAUCUAUCUCAUCGACAUGUGGCAGACUUGUCCCUUCGCCAAGGCUCCCUGGAACAGGGAAUGGAGCGGCUUAUCAGCCUGGAAAACACGCUUUCGUCCAGGUAUAAUGACCAAACACGCCUCCUGAUGCAGGCGAACAAUCUCACAAACGACAUCCUCGACACACUGGAGUCGACGGCUACUUCCGCCUUCGGCAUCAAAAAUUCGAUUUUUCGAGGCCGCCGCAAGGCCGCAGUUCACAGUCCUGAGACAGCUCCCGCAAAACGGCCGCCAGCUGCCAGCAUGAGUUCGGAAGAAGACGAUACAAUUGUUUCCGACGUGCAACCAGACCCCAACGAGGAUCACAGCAAUGGCACAGGCGAUGAUACCUUUAUAGUCGUGGGAUCGGACCGGGAGGGGGAGAAACACAACCUGCGAAACAGAAAACGGAAGCGCUCGUCGAUAAAACAGCCGUCGAGAACAACUGCACCUGCAAUUCGUCCGACCCGAAAGCGGCAGAAGGCAGUGAGCGCAGAAGUCGUCUUAGCAAGAGCAUCCAAAGCGUUGGAAAAUGCGCGUCAGUCAGGAAAUAACAGACAAACACGCAGUGCUGGCAUAGUGCCCAUCGAUGGCCACACCGAAAACGAAAAGGAGCAGAGCCGGAGUAGCAGAUCACAGCCGGCAGCAAAACGCAAAACACGAACUUCGAACCGUUUAAGAAAAGAGUCCCCUGAAGGGCAGCCGGACGACGCAAUAGACAACGAAGAGAACGAAGAGAACGAAAAUGAUGCUGACGAAUACGAAGAGGGUGGAGUGCCCGCGCUGGAGGAAACUAGCGAAGGAGAAAAUCCAGAGAACAGCGCCCCUGUUGAUGAGACAGCCGAAGAGACGGACGAAGUCGAGGAGGUGGCCCAAGCAGACAUUAUGAUGACAGAGGAAGACAAGCAGACAAUCGGGCUGGACAGCCAGACAGCGAGGGAGAUCACAGAGCUAAUGAGCAGCAUCGGCUGGUCAGGGAAGCGCACGUGGAAGGUGGCAUUUCGACAGCUGCAGGCCAACCCGCAGUCAGGUCUGCAGCCAGUGACGGCCCAGGGAAAGGAGCUCCGGAAGCAGCUGGCAGAGCUGGCGGCCAUGUAUGCCAAGACGCCACAGCCGGUCUUCCCGAGCGAGCGGUUCUUCCAGCCGCUGGCCCAAUACGCGUAUCUGCUGGUGAGGACCGAAAAGCUGCGCCAGCUGCGCGACGGCAUCCAGCAACGCAUCAUCAAUGCCUGUGACAUCUCGCUCGCGCCCGUGGCCGACGACUUGACGUCAAGGGAGCGCCGCAUGCGUGCGCUGCUCUGCGAGGAUUUGGCCACCUUUGUCGUGCCGGAGGCUGCCGCGCUGCUGGAGACGACGCUUAUGUUGGGUGGCCGUGACGACGAUGACGACAUCUGCCUCGACGGCUUCUACGUGCCGCUCGCCGUCUGCCAGCUGAACCGGGGCAGUCUCGAGAUUGCGGCACAGGCCUCAUCCUGGCUCGCGCGGCUCGAGGCUGCCCUGGCGCACGAACUCGGCUACCGGGCCGAAUAUGGAGACCAAGCUAGCAGCGGCGACGAGAACCAGGACCAGGCUCGUGACGGCGACGACGUCGGCCGCCAGAGGCAACGCAGCCGGCUCGGCGCCAAGAAGGAGGCUCGGCGACGGCUGCACCUUCUCGUAAACCGCGUCCAGGACGAGAUCUGGACGGCCAAGAUCGAGCUGGAGCGCAAGAUCCGCCUGGGCGACAUGCAAUUGCUACGGACGGCCCGGCUGAAGGAAGUGGAACAGCAAGAGGCAGCAGAGGCGGCAAAGGCAGCAGCCGCAGCACUGAUCGAAUUUAGAGACAUGCAGCCGGCAUCAAGAGUCGCCAGCAGCAGACAGACGCCCACGCGGCCUAUAGACGACGACGACGACGAAGUCAGGCAUGACGCACACGAGAACAUGGCCGUGCAGCGUGUUGGUCGGCUGGCCACGCCGCCUUGUCUCUACAGCGAUGGCUAUGAUCAGCAGAGCACCAUGAUUGUUUCGCCGACUGAGCCAGUAGCUGUUUCCAUAGAGCGGCAGGCUGAGCCGGCGAUGCAGCUGCAAACACAGCCGACUCCGACUCGACCGACUCAGACUCAACCGGUAUCGCCUCGGCCAAGUCCACCACAAACAGCCCAAACGCAACCGACCCAGACUCAACGGGUUCUGUCUCGCCCAAGUCCACAAACACAAGCUCAAACACAACUGCAGACAGACAUGUCUGGAAAGACCUUCAGCGCAGAGGAGCGAAAACAAAUCUUGAAGCACCUGAUGAGGAGGAAGGAGCCCAACCUGGUCCGACUGGCCGCCGAGCUCGGCCGCGACCUGAUGGACGUGGCGCACCAGGCUGAGAUAAUCAAGAGCGCGGCACGCACAAUGGCGGCGAAGAAGCAGAAAGCCAUUCCCCAGAGCUCCAUCGACCGCAUUGCACCAGCUCUUGCAUCGGCCAACUCGCCCAAUUGGCACCCGUCUUUGAUUGCUGCAUCAACGUUGCAGAUACACGAGACUAAACAAGCACCGCUUGUUUAUAUCGGCCUGGUCUCAACGACGCCGCCCCUACCGUCCUUUGCAGUCCCCAUGGCCGACGCCGCCGUUCUCGACAUGGCCCAAAAGGCUGAGACCCCUGAGCCUCCUAUUUCUGAGCCAGCUCUCUCUGUCGUCAAUUCCUCCACGGCCUCGCCGGUGUCACCCGUCUUUCCAACGUCCCCGGGAACGCCGGCCACACUGGCUGUCCCCACAUCGCCUUCAUCAACGGAUCUUCCCAAGUCGCCGACAAAGCUGGCUGCCGCAAAGUCAGCCACCGGAGCUCAUGCCACGAAGCGGCCAUCGAGCACCGUGCCGCCCUCUACCGCACGCCGCACGGGUCUCACCAGUGCUGCGCCUGCAAAGCCGGCUUCAUCGACUGGCACGCAUCCGCGCACCAGCACCGCCGCUGGCCUGAACAAGGCUCCAGCACGCCCAGCCACAAGCACGUCCGGCAGCAUUGCCAAGCGUCCCGCCACGGCCUCGUCGAAUGCCACCCACAGAUCGAGCACCUCUGCAUCGGAAGAUGAGAAGAAGCGCUUUGGCUCGAGCACUGUCGCCCGCCGCACGUCCACGGCCCCGGGCACUACUGCUUCCACGACCACCAGAACGGCCAGGCCAGCGGGUGCUACCACCCCUCAGCCUCCUUCUGGCACGGCUGCUGCGGCGCGGAAGCCCCUAGCCACCGGCUCCACGUCCUCGACAAAUGCACCCCAUGGCGGAACACAUGCCCCAGUACAUAAGCCAAGCGUCAGCUCUGUCUCCUCCUCGAACACGGCUACCACCAGGACGACGGCGAGCCGCCCAGCCGCAACAGGUCUGGUGGCUGAGGCCAAGAAGCGCUUGUCCACGGUCGGGGUUUCGGCUGCGUCGACAUCGGCCGCUACCCGGCACAUCAGCCGCCCGUCGAUGCACAGCUCGUCUUCAUCCUCUGUCGAGACGGCCAAGGAAACGGAUGACCUCCGGGAAAAGCUCGCAAGCAGCAAGGCCGAGACCACAGAACUGAAGGCCCAAAUCGACUCUGCCAAGGAGAGAAUCGACUUCUUGAACGAUCAGCUCCAGAAGACCACGCUCGAGGAAAAGGAUCAGGACAACCUGAUUGCCGCCUUGAAGUCCGAGCAUCAGGAGGAGAUUGCGGCGCUGAAUGCACAGGUCAAAACGAUUGAAGAGAAGCUCGCUGUGGCUGAAGAUGAGCUGGCCAAGCACAAAGCGGAGGCUGCUGAUAUCACAUCGUCCAAGGAUGCUUCCGAUGCCGAGAUCAACUCUCUGAAGAUGUCUCUUGAGGCGCUACAGAACGAACACAAUGCCAAGCUAGCAGAGAAGCAGGAGGCAUUGACCAGCGCCAGCGCGGAUCAUGCUGCUGCCCUCGAUGCCCUGAAGCAGUCUCUUGCUCUAGAGCACCGGGAGGCUCUUGCUUCCCUAGAGGCGAAGCAUGCCGAUGCCUUGAAGGAAGGCGAGACCGCGUCGUCUUCUGUCCAUGAGCAAGCUGUGGCCGAGCUGACAUCCCGCCACGAGGCCGCUCUUGCCGAGCUGCAGGCGAAGAUUGACAACCUCUCGGCUUCGGAGGCCAAGGCCGGGGAGGCCAGCACCGCAAUGACUGCACUGGAGAGCGAGAUCAGCGAGCUGAAGGAGAAGCUUUUGGCGUCUGAGAAGGCUGUAGAGGAUGCGGCGGCGCAAGCCGGCGCAGUGUCGGACCUGGAGGCCAAACUUCAGGCGGCCGAGAACGCCGCUGCCGGAGCAAAGGCAGAGCUGGAGGCAAAGGAUGCUAAGCUCAACUCCCUCGAGGCCACGGUGGCGGCGCUUCAGGAGGAUCUGGUUGCUUCAAAGGCGGCCGCCCAGAAGGCCGUGGAGGCUCUUGCAGCCCUCCAGAAGGCGACUGAAGCGGCAAGCGAGGAAAGCGGCAACAAGGAUGCAGCGAUGGCCCUGAUCAAGAGCCAAUACGACACUGCCAUCGAAGAGCACAGCAACAAGUUGAAGCAAGUGUCGGAGAAGUACGAGGCCGAGAUCGAGGUCCUGCGGGCGUUCGAAGAGAAGUUUCACAGCCUUGAAGCACAGCACAACGAGAUUGUCGAUUCCAUGUCCAAGACCGAGGAUGUGCAUACAGAAGCGCUGAGGGCCGCAGAGGCCAAGCACGCGGCCGCGUUGGAGGAAAGCACGGCAGCCCACCAGAAGGAGAUGGAAGAUCUUCUGGCUCGCCAUGUAAAGGAGCUUGAGACAGCGAUGCAGUCUGCCACCAGCUCGUCGAAUGACGAUCACCUGGCCGAGCUCGCCACGCUCAAGGCAAGCCAUGCAGAACACGUUGACAACCUGCAGAUGGAGUCGGCAGAAGCCCUGGCUAAGGAACUCGAUGCCCUCCGCUCGGCUCACGCAGAGGCCAUCGAGGCCCUGAGGGCAGAGCAUGCCUCGGCAAUCAAGGAGAUUCAGGACAGCCAUGCGGCGGCCAUCAGCGCAGCCACGGCGGCAAACGAGGAUACCUCGGCAGCCAAGCUCGUGGAAGUGAAGGCGGAGCUUGAGAAGCAGCACACAGCGCAGCUCGAGUCGCUCAAGGCAGAGCUGGCCGCGCAGCACGAGGCGGAGCUGCAGAAGAGCACUGGGGAGGCGUCUGCAACGGUUGCAACAGCACUGGCCGAGGCGGCACUCGCUCACAGCAAUGCGAUGCAGAAGGCAACGGCCAGCUUGGAGACCGAGCACGAUGCGGAGAUGGGGAAACUGCUGAAGAUGCAGACUGAUGCCAUCGAGAAGGCCAAGAGUGAAGGAGCUGCGGAAACAGCGGCACUGAAGGAGGCCCACGCCAAGGAAAUCAGCGAGCUGGCGGCACAGCAGGCGACAGUUGCUGAACAUGCGGCCGAUCUAGAGAAGCGUCUGACCCAGGUGACCACAGCGCUGGAGGGCGCGCUCUCGGACGUGGCCAAGGCCAACGCAGAGAGCGACGCGCUCGGUGGGGAGCUGGCGAUGGCCAAGAUGGCCAAGAUCGAGGCUGAGGCUGCACUAGACGCCAGGGCAUCGCCGCCGGGUGUGAGGGAGCUGGAAGGUCUGCGGGCGGAGCUGUCAGCGCUCAAGAAGACGCACGAGAACGAGCUGUUUGCGGCCAACUCCAAGGCGGCCGAUGCCAGCGACGGGGCACGGGCUGCGCAGGAGGAGCUCGAGCUGCUGCAGAAGGAGCUCGAGGCGGUCAGGCUGGAGGGUGAGGCCAAGGUGAAGACGACGCUGGCCGACUACAAGGAGCUGCACGAUUCGAUGACCCAGAUUGUGGAGGAGGAGCAGAACAAGAACUCGGCGGCGAAGCAUACGAUCGAGGAGCUGCUCGCACAGCUCAAGGUCAAAGAGGCCGAGCUGGCCGAAGCAAAGACACACCAGGCGGGCAAGGGCCUGUCGGCCAGCCACCACGCCGAUGCGCCCAGCGAUGACGCAGCCGCCGAGUCUGGGGCCCCUGCCACGGCAGAAGGUGAGCCCAGAGAGCCAGACCACUCGUCGGCAGCCCUAGCUUCGAUAUCUAGAGCUCGAGUGACCGCGCGUGGGCUUCAGGAGCUCGACGAUGAAUUGCGCGACCGAAGCGCCCAAAUGCUGAAAUCCAUCGCCAAUAUUACGCAUCUCGCGUAG